GUCCGGAUCUUGAGGCUUCUUGUUUCUUUGCAGCUUGAAAAUCUUUAAUGGAGAGAUUAAUGAAAAUACUUUAUCAACCAUGGAUUUCCAUACACUGUACAAAUACAUCUGUGUGUUUGGUCUCAGUAUGCAGAUCGUCCGGGGUUUAGACGAGGUGACGCUCCUGAAUCCUCCAGAGGAGCCUCUUCCAGACCAUCUUUUGGAAGUACUUUACUCCUGUGAUGAACCUGCUAUAGUACAGCUGGACUGUAUCGUAUCCUUUGAAACUGGCAUCACUUCCACAGUCCUGCUCCAACAGUGGAGCUGCGUCCCCGGUGACCCUGAAGUAAAGACUCUGAAGCUGAACUUGCCAGAUUGGUUGGUGUAUCAAGCUGAUGGGAUUAUUCCAGACUCCCAGUGGAUGCUGAGUUGCAUCCUCCGAGCGUCCAUCAGAUACAGUGGAUUUGAUGACACUGUCGCAGCUCAGGAUGUGGCAACUUUGCAGCCUAAACCUUUUUUCAGUCGACCUGUCAAACAGCAUCAACUGUGCAUUUCCUGGAGUACACAAAUGCUGCAAUUAACUCAACGGUUUUCAAAAAAACAAUGCCCUUUGGAGCAAGAAACGGUGCAUUUCCUGUCUGCAAUGUAUGCAUCAACUGGAGAAAGCUUUGGUAUCACGAAGACACUGGCCUCUUAUAGUAAUGAGGUGCUGGAGUAUAUGCGUGUUAAAGCCAUCUCCUUUCCAUGGUGCAUGUUCUCCAUGUGGAUCUUCGUGACCAGAUACUGCCAGGACAACAUGUGUGGACUGUUUUACCAUAUAGACUCUCAUAACAACUAUGUCACACCAACAGUGUUCCUCAAAAAAACAGGCCAGCUACACAUCCAGAUGGAUGGAGAGUCUGAGGGAUCCUCUGCGUUCAUCCCUCCAUUCAAGGUGCCUUUAAGUGAGUGGUGCCAAAUCAGUGUGAUGUUGCACGGCAGAGUGGUGACUGCCUCCAUGGUGAGCAUGAAUACGGAGCAGAGAGCGGUUCAUUCAAUGGAGCAUGUGAUGGGGCAUAAUGUCGUGCUGGAUGACACAGAGGGAUAUUUUGUGAUUGGUGGAGGGAAAUACAUAAGAGGUGUGGAAGGUUAUUUUGGGCCAUUGGUUUACUACCGCAACAGAAUACCACCUCACAGCAGGCCUGAAGUUGUUCUUCCAGAUGUUAUCAGGACCGUGAACCUGACCGGAUGGCUGCAGACCUGUCAAGAAUUUCGUCUGGAGAUGGAUGUCAAAAUCAGUGGCUAUUUUGUCAAGUCCGAACAGGGGGCAGAGUCUGGGACCUGUUUGGAUGCUUUCCGUGAGUGGAUGGUAAAGGACAGACUGCCAUCAACGUCACAGUGCGAGCUGUGGGAGGCGACUGUCCCUCAUAGAAGACAAGCUGCAAAACUGGCCAAGUUUCUGGCUUUCAAAUAUGGAGAAAGGAGAGCAAGCCUGCCAGCUGUGGGCAGAGCACUGUAUUCCUUAUCUCUCCAUAAGCUGAGCAGAGCGAGCAGCACCGGCGUGGUCAGCACAAUAUUACCACUGCUGCUCCAAGCCGGCUGCUUAGCUGAUAACCGAGCUCUGCACAUGGCGUCGCUGCUCUACAGUGCUGGCCUGGGAGUCGAGGAACAGCCCAAUAAGGCUUGGCUCCUGGCCCUGCUGGCAGCCCAGAAGGAUGAUCGAUUAGCACUCCUGCAUCUCGGGCACCUGCACCACGAGGGCCUCCAUGGCCUCCCCACAGACUCAGACCUGGCCUAUGCAUAUUAUGCAAACAUUGCUAAACAGACAACUUUAGACCGUCACAAUCCCACACCACAGCAGACAUUUGUUGAGGCUGUUUACUUAAACAAUGAUGAGGUGUUGGAUCUCCAGACCAGUGAAGACCAUCAUCUGUUCCAGUGGCUGAAACUGCAGGCACGCAGGGGAGCAGCUGAAGCUGAGCAAACGGUUGCCCGGAUGCUGUUCUGGGGUCAGCAGGGAGUGUCUCCAGACAUCCAGAAGGCUGUGAGACACUAUGAAAGGGGAGCUGUCCAGUGGGAGGACCCGGUGUCAAUGUAUGACUAUGGUAUAGUCCUACUACAGGGACAUGGGGUUGAAAAGGACAUUCCAAAAGCUCUCACUUUCCUGAAGAAAGCAAUGGACCAGGACUUUGUUCCUGCCAUCAAUGCCCUAGCCUGGUACUAUGAGCAUUUUGAGAAGGACUACGAGCAGGCGGUGCAGCUGUGGGAGCGGGCUGAUCUCCUCGAGUGUCCAGACGCUGCUUUGAAUCUCGGUGUCAUGCACUCACAGGGUCUGUAUCCGCGAAAAGCUGCUGACCAGUUCAUGGCCUAUCAGUACUAUCGGAAGUCUGCAGAAAGAGGGCACAUCAGGGGAGCAGUUCACCUCGCUAGCAUCUGGACCACUGGGAUACCUGGACGCGUCGACAGACGUCCAUCAGAUGCCCUUUUGUGGGUAAAGUGGGCAGCCGAGCACAACGGAUACCUGGGCAGCAUCUUGCGGAAGGCCUUGGAUUCAUAUCUCAAGAGUGACAUGUUCUGCUCACUGUUAUAUUACCUCAUGGCUGCUGAGUGCGGGUACUCACCUGCUCAAUUCAAUGUGGCAUAUCUAUGUGAACAAAAUACGUUAGGUUUUCUGGAUCCUGCUGUUGCAUCAAACUGUAUGUGGAGAUAUUACAACCGUACAAUACAAAGUCAAAAUCCUGACACUUAUGCCUUCAUUAGGAUGGGUGACCUGUUGUGCGAGGGGCAGAAAGACUUGUAUUCUGCAGCAGUGAUGUACACGCUGGCAGCAGUAAGGAACGAGCCACAGGGAUGGUACAACCUUGGCCUCCUUGCUGAGGAGGGUUACAGGCUGCCACUGUCGGUAUUGAUUGACCUUGGUCUUUCAGAGCUGUACCUGGCAGACAACAGUUUGCUCCUGAGUGCUUUGUACAAAAGAUGCAGAGACUCAGAAAAUACAGAUUCAUACUUGCCGUGCAGCCUCGCCCUCUUCAAUGUGUAUCUUCAAUCAUUCCAAAGGGACUACAGGGCUGCUAUUAAGUUCUCCACUGCUGUUGUCGUGGUUGCAGCUCCAACGAUAUUCUUAAUCGUCCUCGGUGUGCUCAGGAGUCAUGGCCUGUCUCGCAACUAGAGCCAAGAUUCUUAAUAAGGAUGUUCAGUGCAACAAACUCAGGGACUAAGCAGCAAAGUCAACCUGCACAGCAACAGCAUUUUGUAUUAGUUUACAUCUGUUUACUAUGGGAUCACUGUAAAGAACAAAUGUGAAUGGACUCCAGGCUCCUCUGUUAUAGACCUUCAAUCUUCAACCUACACAUUUGUUGAUGCAGUUUUCCAGUUUUCAAUCACUUUUGUCUGGACCGAUCUCCCACUGUUUAAAAGGUCAAAAUUCAAUCUUAACGGCAAAUUUGUGUCAUCACAAUUAGAAGUCCGCAAGCCUGGCAGGCAAUAAUACAAUUUAUAAGGUCGUUCAAAACCAUUGUCCUCCCUGGCUCCAAUACACUGCAACAUUGAUUUUGAUUGAUUUAAGAUAUGGGAAGACCGGGAGAUUUUAAGUCUUCACAAGUCAGAUGUUAUUGUUGUUUAUUUGUUGAAAAUCAUAAUAAAUAUAUUGUU